AUGUCGACGUCAUCUCUUCGGCAACAUCAACGAAAAUCGACAACAGCUAAUAGUGGUCAUUCUCCAUUAGCUCGAAAUAAUAGUGCUGGCAAUCCAACACAACAUCAUUCCUCAUCAACAUCAUUUGCAACUCAAAGGUCAUAUAGAUCACUUCCAUCGCCAACAAUGACAACAACAACAACGACAACAGCAACAGCAAAUAUUCUACAUGAAGAUAAUCAAAAUCAAUUCAAUGAAAAAAAUUCAAAUAAUUUCUUUUAUUUUGAUCAUCCAAUAAAUAACUUUCAAAAUUCAUCAAUAAAUCAAAAUAUUAAUGAUUUACAUAUGCCACGUUCAACACGUCAUCUAUGUGGUUCAAUUAUUCCUUUACAAUCAUCAACACCAUCACCAAAUAUUGAUCAACAAUCGAUAGAAAAUGAUACUCCAAAUUCACCAAUUUUUUCUCCUCUUCCGUUUCGAAAACUUGAUCUUAAAUAUAGAAAUUUGGGUCGUAAUGGAUUACGAGUAUCUCAAUUAGGCCUUGGUACUUGGGUUACAUUUGGCGGACAGAUAUCAGAUGAUGUUGCAGAAGAAUUAGUUACUGUUGCAUAUGAUAGUGGAAUUAAUCUAUUUGAUACAGCUGAAGUUUAUGCAGCUGGAAAAGCAGAAAUAACACUUGGAAAGGUUUUAAAAAAGAAAAAAUGGAGAAGAUCAAGUUAUAUUGUAUCGACGAAAUUAUUUUGGGGUGGAAAAGCCGAAACAGAAAAAGGACUCUCAAGAAAACAUGUUAUCGAAGGUUUAAGAGCAAGUCUUGAACGUUUACAAUUAGAUUAUGUUGAUAUUGUAUUUGCUAAUAAGCCUGAUACAUCAGUACCCAUGGAAGAAAUUGUACGUGCAUUUACACAAGUUAUAAAUGAUAAUCUUUGUUUCUAUUGGGGAACAUCAAGAUGGUCACCAAUGGAAAUAAUGGAAGCCUAUUCAGUUGCACGUCAAUUUAAUCUAAUCCCACCGAUUUGUGAACAAGCUGAAUAUCAUCUAUUUCAGCGUGAUAAAGUUGAAGUUCAUCUACCAGAGAUUUAUCAUAAAAUAGGUAUCGGUACAAUGACAUGGUCACCAUUAGCAUGCGGUUUAUUAAGUGGAAAAUAUGAUGACGGUGUACCAUUACAUUCAAGAGCUGCACUUAAAGGUUAUGGAUGGUUAAAAGAUAAAAUCUUGAAUGAAGAAGGAAGAAAACAACAAAGUAAAUUACGAGAAUUAGCAGUUUUAGCAUCGAAAUUUGAUUGUACACUCGCUCAAUUAGCUAUUGCAUGGUGUUUAAAAAAUGACAAUGUUCAUUGUGUUCUACUUGGCGCUUCAUCAGUUGAACAACUCUAUGAAAAUCUUAAUUCAUUACAAAUUGUUGCAAAAUUAACUCCCUCAAUAAUGGCUGAUAUUGAUCGAAUACUUGGUAAUAAACCAAUUGUACGAAUAACAACAAAAAAUGAAACAACUCUACCAACAACUAUUCAAUUACCACAAUCACAGCGAUAA